UCGGACCGACAGUCGCGCGCCGCGGGGACCGAGAUGACGCGCCGAGCGGCGGACGGUGGCGCCGGCAGCCACCGGCGACCGCUGGUGCUGCUGGUGACGGUGGUGACGGUGGUCCUGGUGCACGGCGCUGGUGCUGAGGCGGCAGGACGGGCUGGAGCAGCCGAUGCUGGGGUUCUGGAGGAUACAACUGCACUGGGAUCGGACAGAUCAGAGACGACCGAACGAGCUGGCCAAAGACGAACUACUGCGGCCAGGAGUUCUGCCCCGGCCGGAUCCAGCAGAGCUGUCUCUGCCGUCGACGGCAGCUCAUCCCCGCCGGCCGGUGACGGGGGCGCGGACCAGAUGUUGGCCCUGCCGUCCAUCCUAGGGCAGACGUUUGUGCCCAGCCCUCGCGCACCGGAGACGCUCAGUGACGGUUUCCGACCGCUGGCCCGGCCCGGCCCCGCUGUCGGUCAGGCUCCGAGCCCCUCCGGCGGGCGGCGGCCGCGCUGGGACUGGCCGGUGGAGGGGGCAGUCACCACCUACCGCCCCGCCAUCAACGUCUCCCUGCUGCUCGCCGGAGCGCAGUGGAACACUGAGCCACCGCUGACCAGAGGACAGCAGCCCCAGACAGAGCUCCGGAGGUCGCGGAACGGAGGACAGCAGCCGCAGACCGAGCUCCGGAGAUACGACCGACCAGGGAAGUCGGGCCACGGGUCACACACAGGUGCACAGAAGGGAGGGUUCCAGUCACAGAGAAGCGUAUCGUCAUCGGCAUCAGGCCUCGCCGAUCGGCAGCCAGGCUUCUGGAGGCCGGAGGAUUUACCGUUCGCAAACUUCGAGUUCUUCAAAACACAUGACCAAAAGCAAAGCACCUCUUCGGAUGCAGCGUCUCUAAACGACUUACCACAGCUCUCUGACGCUCAGUACGAGGUCUAUAAGGACCGGGUGGCCUCGAUAAACCAGUUGUGGUUCCCGACCUCCCCCUACCCCGGCGGUUCUCCCACCACGCCGGGACCGUCGCCGACGCUGUACGCCGGGGACCGGAGCAGACCCAGCGGGUCGGGACCCGAGGACGUCAGGCGCCUAUACGAGCACCUCUCCGAGCCAACACACCCCUCACCGGAGGACCAGCAGACGUCCGGCACACCGGCCUACCCGGCGCCCCACAGUGGGCAGCCGCUCCCCGCAGCGCAGUCCUCUCCGCAGCCUCAGCAGACACACCCCUCGCCUCAGCCAGCCGCGCCACCAACGAUCCCGUACCCGACCCUGCCGACCGUUCGGCCGUACCGCGGUACCGCCGAGGUACGCCGGGCGUACUCCGACCCGGUGUCGCACCAGUACCCGUCCACCCGGAGACGGGAGUUCCUCCCUCCGGCCGCCGCGCCGCCCGGCCAGUCGUACCUCAGCGUGACGCGCACGGUGAGCGGCGGCCGGCCGGGAGCGCCCGAAGUCACCGUCUCUCACCACACCAUCCUGCCGAGCGGCGUGCCGCCCGCCUCAGCAUCGGCGGCCGCCAGCGCCGGCGGAGACACCGUGGGACCCUCACCGAGCUCACUGGCAGGAGGAAAUUAUCAUGAAGCGCACAGCUCCAUCACAGUUCUCCCGCCGCCUCCGACUGAGGUCGCCGUGCCGUCCACUGUCGAGCCCCCUGUCGUGGCGGAGACGGCCUACCGGACAGGCAGUGAGCCCGUGGCCGUCCUGCCGCCGCAGAGUGAUACUCACGUCCUGGCGCUGGUGAGCGCCCGGCCCGCUACGGCACACACCUCAGAGACAACCGACAGCCAGCAUCAAACGGAGGGAGACGGAAGUCCCUCGGACCACCACACUGGACAGGGGGGCAGCAACGCUCCCCUCCCACCGGACGAAUUCCAGCACCCGCUCGGCGCCGAGAACGAGAUACCCGACUACGCUCCCGGCCCCGAAUACCACCACGAGGACCACUCGGUGCACCACGACUUCAAGUACGCGCACUACCACGACCUGGAGCACAGGCCCGUGGACUACCGCCGCCAGGGAGUCGGCACCGGGAUCCUGCCGGAUCUGUUCUCGUGGCCGCUGCCGGCGCUGUUCCAGAGCUCGUUCCGACGGAGGACGCAGCGCCGGCGCUUGGCGCGUUCUGCCGUCCACCCCGGGCGAGCUGAGGGGGACCGGCCGGAGAGGGACCAAUCCCGGCCAGUCCGGGGCCGCGCAGCGCGCCUGUUCGACGGCCCGCUGAGCGUGCCUCUCACCCAGCACGGCCGGCCGUUCCUGCACACGCUGCGGCCGCAGGUGGCUACGCCGCCGCCGCCGCCGCAGCGCAGUCGGUUCGUGGCACUGAGCACGCCGGAGACUCCGUCACUGCGGGACGGCGUGCCGGUGCCGGUCAGCCAGCGGCACACGGCCGGACCGACCCUGGCUCCCGGCCGGGAGAGCACGGCCGUCACUGCCUCUACCACUACCGCCACACCAUCGCCGCCGGUCACAGAGACUACCAGCGCCCAGACACCGCCCGGCGUCCCCACCCCGCCAGGACCGCCGGCAGUGACGGCGCCCACGGCUGCGCCGUCCAGGAACAGCGCCCCGGUGACACCGGUACCCCGGCCGGCGACGGCGCCGGCCCCGCCCGAGCUGCGCCGGCACCUGACCGGGGCACCGAGCGCCGCCGUCAGCCCCCCGCCGCCCCCGCCCCCAACGGCGAGGCACCCGUUCCGUCAGUACCUGGCCUCAGGGAGACUGGCGGCCGGGGAACGAGCCAAGACGUACUAUCUGAGCUCAGUGACAACCAGAGGAUCCAGCGAGGACGGAGAGACGGACACUCCGGACGGAGUGUCGCCGCCCCCUGGUCGGCAAGAAGAGCUGGAUAGUGCGCAUCCUCCACCUGGAGAAUCGAAAGUGGGGGUGGUGAGUCGCACAGAGUCUCCAGCGGACAACACUAUCGCUGACGCGGAUAGCCUUAGCGUCAUGAAGUUUCUGGCCGGGUUUCCGACGCCUAAACCGACACCUCGACCUGAGGAUGCCACGGUGGCUACGUUUGGACCCAGCAGUCGGCCCACCGUCCGGCCGACCCAGACCGCCGAUCGGCCGACACGACCGGCUCAGGCCGCAGGCAGGCCGACCGGACUGGCCCAGACCACCUCAGCCCGGCCGGCCCGCAAGCGCACCACGCAGGUGGAGUCGCGGUUCGCGCCGCAGCGCCGACCGACUCCGACCGUGUCGGUGUCAGCGGGCGGUCUCUCGGCACCUGUGAGCCUCCGGCGGCGGCCCGGCAAUUCACAGGUGCUGGGGGCCCGUCCCACGGCGGAGGCCGGUCCGGGCCCGGCACCGCGGCCGACCGGGUCCCCGCGGCGGUCUGAGUUCCGACCGGCGCGGUGGUACCGCGGCCGGACCGACCUCUCGGCCAUCGGCGAGCGGGUCAUCACGCAGGUGGCGGCGCCGCAGCUGCUGACAGCCCGGCGCCGCUCCUGGUGA